UAUCUGUUUUAAGUUGUUUUGUAUGUUUUACUCUUAUGGUACAAUAAAGAGUUUUAUCUAUUUUCUAAGACUGCUUAUCGUGAAGGUCUAUUACUGUUCCGAUCUCCGAUUGAUUCUUUAUGCUUAAAGUAGUAUAGUGCCAUCUAUCCUUCUAAUCCCAUGGUUGACCGAUUUUGUCUCAGUAGUCUUAAAGUAGAAAGAGACAAGCGGUCUUUAGUCACACCAGUGCGAUUACAGAAUUUUUAAACUGAUCCGUAGAAUUAUUUAUAAUUAAGUAAAUACUCUAAAAUCCAUAGUCACACCCUAAACACGAUUUAUAUCCUAUAUGUCAUGCUUUUUUAUUUUCCCCGCGAUCAUGGAUCAUUCGUCAAAGCAUGUAUUAGAUAAGCAGUGUCCCGGGUAACCAAAUCACUAUGGAAACAAGCUGAUCGAAAUUUUGUUACGUCAAUUUUGAUACAUCAACUGCCAAUCAGUAGCAUUUGUGGGUAUUUUUGUUGAAUUUACAUUGAAAUUACCAUGGCUGGUAAAUUUGGUGGGUAUGAUGACGACGAUGACGUGUUGGCACCCAAAGAGCCCCAGGUUACGUCCCAAGACCCGGCGGAAAGAAAAGCAGCGAGGGCGCUAAGGAUCAAAAAGAGGCAGGAAGCGUUGAAAAAAGCAGAACAACAGACCGAAGAAACUGCUGCAGAAGAAGAGCCUGGCCUCAUAGAACAGGCGACGGCUACAGCUGCGGAGGAGCUUCAGCGGCUGGCGCUUGAUGGCGCUGCGAAGGUCACCAAUGUCAAGGUCACCACGGAUGAGCGGGAGGUCAUCCGACGAGGGCUGUUCUCCGAUAAUAUGCAAAAUAACUUUAAAAAAAUCGAGGAAGAAGCAGCAGAAGCUCAGUUACACUAUGAAGCUAUCACCGAACACUGGGAGGUCAUGUUAAAAGUCAAAGACCCGCUAGAAAUCGAUUCCGAAAUCAAGGCGCAGAAGGAAAAGUGUGAUAAGCUAUUGGCACAGAAGAACCAGUUGAUCGAGGAGAUAAAAAACGAACUGAAAAUGAUGGAUCAGGCCUACUAUGACGACUUGGAGAAACAAGAUAAGGACAUCAAAGAGCUAUCAGAAAGGAUAGAAAAACAAGUGACGAUAAUGCAAAGGGCAUACGAGAGGCAGCUGAGUCUGAUUGAGCACGCGAUCAACAUGGAGCGCGACGCCAUGGUGGAGCACAACAACAAGAGGUGGGAGGCGCUGUACAAGCAGCGCGACAGGGAAGAGGUCGCGCACAUGGAAUAUAAAUUUGAACAAUUGGAAGAACAUAAAGAAGAAGUGGCAGCCAUCAUGUGGGACCACCACGAAAAGUAUCGUCAGGCAAAAAUAGAACUAGAGACCUUGACUCAAGAGUUGCAGAAGGAGCUGGAGAAACUGAAGGCCACGUGCAUCAUCAACACUGAGAAAAUUGGUUACAAUUAUCAGGUCUUGAAAAAACGCGAAGAGGAGAACGUCUUUGUGAGGUCACAACAGAAGCGGAAACUGAACAAGAUGUCCGACGUGGCGAACACGUUGCGCUCGAAAAUCCGCAAAGCCGCAGAGGACGGGGCACAGGAGGAAAUACGAGCGGACGCCGAGAUCACGAAGUUGAUGCAGACCAUGGACGAUUUGGAGAAGAAAUCUGAGCAUUUCUCGCACGUGAACAACUACAAGUUUAGCCAGGUGUGGCGGAUGUCGGCCGCGAAAUGCGCUCAGAUGAGCAAGGAGCUGCGGCAGGCGGAAGUGGCGCUCCACGCGCACAUCCUGUCCGAGCCGCCCCCGCCACCGCCGCCACCACCACCGAAAAGUCCUCUUACCAAAUAUGAACAUGAAAUGAGUCAGUCGGCCAAGACUGUGGCCAAAAUUGAAGAUUCUACAGAUGAUGAAAACAAAGAAGCAAAAGAUAAAUUGAUUCGGCACAUACUUCAGCUGGUAGCGGACAACACAGGAUUCUUGGUAGAAGAUCGACUGCUGAAACUUAUAGAGAAAUACCAGUUAACAUCGCGAAAUCUUUGUACAUUAGAUUCUAUCUUCAUGGCUUUAGAAAUACAAGCGGAAGAAGACGUGGAACUGUUGUGCAAGACGUUUCUGAACUACGCGUUUUGUCCCAUGUGCAUAGGCAUGGAGCAGUCUUCAGACAUGAUCGAAGGGUCGAUUGUAUCGCAAGAAGAUAGCCGCCACCCGACUGUCGCGUCCAAAGGAAGACCGUCAAUCAAGCCUCGUGUCAGCUUAGCAAGAAGUAUGUCUGCUAGCACACAGCGAUCUACACAUGUGGGUUUCAAGGCUCAUGAAUUAUCUGCCGAAGAUCAAAUGCUAGUAGCAGAAGUUGAUGAAAUAAUUCAGAAAUUUGACGACAAACAAGCCCCGUCCAUCUUGCCGGGGACGAUGUCAGAAUCGGCGAGCGCCGCGCCGGGGCGUCGCGGCGCGCGAGGCGUCACAGUCUCGUCGCAACCGGAGUAUAAAGCCGCUGCCAAAGCGACCAAUCCUUUUCUGUGCUCUUUGGGCCACAAUCUAGAAAUUGAACCAAUGCAAGUACUGACGGCUUUGGGCGAAUUCAUCGAUGUGUUCGUACCUCCAGAAAAGAAGAAACUCUUUGAUAUAUUGGAUAGCGUCAAACCACCAAACUUCAAUUCGCCAUCACGUGCGUUGACUACUGAAGAAAUUGAGCAAUACUGGAGCCAGUGGAAGAACGCAUUCCCUCCGGAGAAAGACCGCUUUUGGGACGGCCUGCUGGGCGGACUCAACAACUAUUUAGCGGUUUUACAAGAACGCGAACGUCUACACGACGAGGUGUCGGUGCUGCGGCGUCGCAACGCGGCGUUACGCCGGGUGGUGCGCGGCGCGCUGCCCGAGCUGCCGCGCGCGCCGCCGCGGUACGCGCGCGCCGCGCCCGCCGCCUUCACCGCGCCCUGCGUCGACAACGCGCCGGAACCCUUCGCGAGACUACCGCCUAUAUAAUAUACUUCGAUGAAACCACCAAAGUUUUUUGUAAGAGGCAACUUGGCUUUUACAUAAAAUCACGCCUCUUUUUAAGGGUCUGCAGAGACUUCGUCUUUCCACUUACCACGAUCCUGCAUAUACAUAUAUGGCUUGAGAUGGUAGAAAUGUACCUACUUCUAUGUUUGAAACAUUCUAUGAAUUGUUUUUUCUGGCGUUUAUAUAUAAAUAUAUGCUCUUCAUCACCCUCACCACGAACCAGGAGGGAUGAUGAUUAUC